AUGGGUGAAGAUACCCGACGCUUCGGUUACCCUAAAGCUAAACAAGAUCAAUAUGCAUUGUAUCUAAGCAAAUUGCAUGUAGAAUUCAUAGAGUCAUGGAACGAGAAGUUUGAGGCUAAUGCGUCAAAUUCGGAUUUUGAUACACACAAGGUUCUUGGGACAGGUGCUUUUGGAGUAGUAUAUCUAGUAAAACACUUAUCUACUUCUAAAUACUAUGCAAUGAAAGCAUUAGAGAAAGAAAAAAUUGUCAAACUGAAACAAAUAGAGCACACAUAUUACGAGAAAAAGAUUUUGUGUGGUCUUAAUUUUCCUUUCGUGGUUUAUAUGAAAUAUUUUUUUAAAGACAAUGUGUAUAUUUACUUUGUGCAGCCUUUUAUAAAUGGUGGUGAGAUGUUUACUCACUUACGCAAGAUGGGAAAGUUUGAAGAAUCCUCUGCAAAGUUUUACGGAGCUCAAGUGAUUCUUGCUCUAGAAUAUUUACAUGCUUGUGAACUAGCAUAUCGUGAUCUAAAACCAGAAAAUAUUUUAAUUGACAGGACGGGCUAUAUAAAAAUUACUGAUUUCGGAUUUUGUAAGUUGGUACCUGGAAGAACCUGGACUCUUUGCGGUACACCUGAAUAUUUGGCUCCUGAAAUUAUUCUCAGUAAAGGAUAUGGUUUAUGUGUGGACUGGUGGUCGCUUGGAGUUUUGCUAUUUGAAAUGAGUGCUGGCCAUCCACCAUUUUUUGCACCAGAUCCUAUGAGAAUUUAUGAGAAAAUCGUUGUUGGAAAGUAUAAAUGCCCAUCUCAUUUCUCAAAUGAACUAAAAGAUUUACUCGGUCAUACUCUUCAGGUAGACACGACUAGACGGUACGGUAACCUUAAAGAUGGUGUGUUGGAUUUCAAGAACCACAAAUGGUUUAAAGAAACUGAUUGGGAUAAUUUGUUAAACGGACGUAUAGAGCCUCCUUUUAUUCCAAAAGUGAGAUCACCAUCAGAUGCUGACAAUUUUGAUACAUUUGAAGAUGAAAAAAUUAAAGAGAGUCCUGUAUGUCUGUAUGAAGAAGAAUUCGAGGAUUUCUAA